UAUGAGAAACCAAACCAUAAAUCUCACAAUGUAGACCAUACAUCCGGUCUUCGUUGACCGUUGACCCGGUCAACGAAGACCGUUGACCGGUCAACGAAGUUCGUUGACCAAACUCCGAUGACCGUCAGUGACCGGAUUCCGGCGCCGGUAGGCAUAUUCCGGCCCCGAUGACUAGAUUCCGAUGCCGGUAAGCAUAUUCCGACGCCGGUAAGCAUAUUCCGGCGACGGUGAGCAUAUUCCGAUGACAAAAUAGCAUAUUCCGGCGACAAAAAAGCAUAUUCCGGUGACCGGCGACCAAAUUCCGGCGACCGGUGACCGAAUUCCGACGACCAAAUUUUUGGGCAGAAAAUAAAAAAAUAUUUUUUUACUUUUUUAUUUUUUUAUUUUUUUAAUUAUUUAUACAGAUUUUUCAUAAUGACAAUUAUACCCCUGCUUUGAUUUUACACUAGGUCAACUCAUCUAAUAAAAAGUCAUCACAAUCCUAGCUUCCUAAUGGUUGGAGGCUAGUGUUGUUACAAUAACAACACAAGGGGUGUUGUUAUAGUAUCUAGUCCCCUUGCGAAACUCUUCUCCCAACCUAACCCUCUCCUGGUCCUGCUGCUUUUCACUGAGAUUCCGGCCGACCAACAAAAAGACAUCCCUGAAGUUAAAAUGAGAUCGACGUUAGAGAGGAAAACGUUUAGGCCAGGAACUGAAGUAAAGAAAGAUUACAGAGCCGGAACGGGAGAGAGAGAGAGAGAAGACCAAUAUCUCACCUUGUAACGAUGGGAUUUGCAAACCUGGUUCCCCUCAAUCAAGAAUCUUGUCGCCAUCCACUGCAGUCCUCUCCAACGUGGAUCUACACCCUAAUCCAGUGAACAAAAUAUUUUUUAUGUUCCGCCUAACAAAACCACAGAAGAAAGAGGAAAUAAUCUGGAAUCGAUUCACUAAAGAAACAGACAAACAAAGAGAGAUUCGUAGAAAUAGAGAAUUACAGAGAAAGAAGCAUGGAUCCAGACCUCACAAUCACUUCCCGUCGAGGAGGGAAGAACGUACCACCGUCGGUGAAGGAAUCACAAAAAAAACAAAACAAAAAAAGACUCAGAUCUAGCCUGGCUUGACAGACCACACAAUUGUCGCCUUUCUCUCCUUGCUCAGCUCAUGCUUUUCUUUUUUUUCAACAAUUAUUCUUUGCCCAAUUCAAUAAUUCUCAGAAAAAUUCCCCACAUAGUAACGCCACCAGAUAUUCCACUUUCUAUCCAUAGCCCACCAGGGGAAGGUGUCUUUUCGACAGAAUCUCCACCCAGAAAAGAAGACAAACAAAAAGAAAGAAAAUUUUACCUCUCUGACACUUUAGUUUGGAGAGAUCUCACCUUCUGUAUCCUUUUCUUUUGGGGUUUCAGCCGACGAAGGGGAGCAUACUAUGGAGAUGGAGUGGGAGUGGCUGGUAGAAUUCGGAGACGGGAUGAUCAAGCCACUGGCCGCCACCGCCGUGGUUCUAAUGGCGAUCGGCUUGUCCUACUUCCAAAAGCUCGGCCUGGAAUGGGAGAUGGCUUACUCCAUCUUCAGGGCGUUCCUUCAGCUAUCCAUUAUUGGAUUUGUUCUGGAAUUCAUUUUCACUCAACAAAAUGUCAUCUGGAUCCUUCUCGCUUACCUCUUCAUGGUGACGGUGGCAGGGUACACGGCGGGGCAACGUGCAAAACAUGUCCCCGGCGGGAAAUACGUCGCCGGAGCUUCCAUCCUGGUCGGAACUGCGGCGACCAUGUCUCUGCUAGUGGUGCUCAACGUGUUCCCCUUCACUCCCCGCUAUAUAAUCCCGGUUGCCGGGAUGAUGGUCGGGAACGCCAUGACUGUCACCGGGGUUACCAUGAAAAGGCUCCGUGACGACAUCAAAGUGCAAACGGUCCUGGUUGAAACAGCGUUGGCGCUGGGAGCGACGCCGCGCCAGGCCACAGCUGAGCAGGUGAAAAGGGCUCUGGUGAUCGCACUUUCGCCAGUUCUUGACAACGCCAAGACGGUGGGCCUGAUUUCACUGCCAGGAGCCAUGACCGGGCUUAUUAUGGGAGGAGCUUCACCAUUGGAGGCCAUUCAGCUGCAAAUUGUGGUCAUGAAUAUGCUCAUCGGAGCUUCAACUGUCAGCAGCAUCUUGUCCACUUAUUUUUGUUGGCCUGCUUUUUUCACCAAGGCUUAUCAGCUGGAGACCAAAGUCUUCACCCUGGAUUGAAUUACCCAACACCAAAACAAAACUCUUGCUAUUUGGUUUUCUUUGAUGGCUGAAGACCCUCGAGUUUUCUAUUUGGUUCAGCCAAGACGAGCUCAGUUGUCAACACCUGAAACGAAAGCCAGUUGGGAAAGUAUUCAAAUGUGUAGUUACUCAUCGGAACAUGAAUCACAGAUUUGAUAAAAUGAGUUGUGAUUCUAUGGGGAAAGGAACUUGAAUUGGUUCCUUCGGUAAACUUGAGUGAAUAGAAAUAACAUGAAUGAGAAGAAUAAAAUAGAGUAAAUGGAAAACCUGCCCAGAAUUCAUCGGCAAGAGGAAUUUGUGCUUGAAUUCUGGUAUUCACAGUUAAUAAUCGCUUUCAACAUAAGAUAUACCUGAAUGAAUGAAGUAUACCUCGGUUUCGGCGGCUUCAAGUCUUUGGCGUGCGAGACUAAAACCAUCAAACUUCUUGGAAGGUGUCGUAGAUGGUUAAAGAAACACUAGCUGCGAGUUUCCCACUUCGAUUCUAGUCACAGGCUUUCUCUGCUAUGGUUUCCUUAUUCGCUGAAACCCAAAUUCUUUUAUCACUUAUCUCUUUGAAGAGCAAUCAAAACCAAACACAGGUAAAAAUAGAGAAGACUAUGAAAU